AAGUCCUUACGUAAUCCAGAUGAUUUGACAGUUUUUUUGCCGGGAUAGCGAAGCUAUUGGUGUGUUUUUGGUCGUAAAAUAUCACGUACACUCAUACAGGUGAAUAUGUCUGUUAGUUUAAGCUCUUAGCUGUCCGUGGGAGAAGUUAUUGUUCCAUUUAGCCUCAACCGUCCUUGUUGCCAUCAAGGUAACGGCAGCUCAACGUGUGAGCAUGUGGGUUUUCGGUUACGGCUCCUUGAUAUGGAAAGUCGAUUUCCCUUACGAGGAGAAGAGAAUUGGUUACAUUAAGGGUUUUAGCCGUCGGUUUUGGCAGGGAAGUACCGACCACCGAGGAGUACCGGGUAAGCCUGGUCGAGUCGUCACUCUGGUGGAGGAUCCUGAGGGAUGUGUUUGGGGCGUUGCAUACAAGUUGCCAACCGGCCGUGAGCAGGAGGUCAAGAGCUACCUGGACUACCGCGAAAAGGGAGGUUACGAGGCCAUCAUGGUGACCUUCCACCCCCGCCCAUCGCUCACUCCCUCACCCAGCCAGACUCUGCUCUACAUCGGCUCUGAUGACAAUCCCGACUACCUUGGCCCUGCACCUCUUGAGGAGAUAGCUAAUCAAAUCAUCGACUCUUCUGGACCAAGCGGGAAGAAUACCGAGUACCUGUUUCAGCUCGCUGAUGCUGUGAGGACUAUCCUGCCAGAGGACUCAGACAAACAUCUGUUUUCUCUUGAAUGCCUAGUAAGAGAACGGCUGCAAAACGCACAGAAAAACCUAUCAUAGAUGGUGGGCAGUUAAUAUAGAAUAAGAACAGUCAUUAAUUUGCUGACUAGGUUGGAUUUGCCAGAUAAUCUCAGGGUAUAAAAUGCACUUUAGUGAGUGUAAACAGUGUAAAUCAGUGUGAUCUAAAAGCUGCCUCACAAAAAAUAAAAAUGGAAACUUAUGUAAUUUUAUUGGCAGGAAUCACAUACUAUGUUCCAAAUUAAACACUCAAAGGGAAAUGAAUUGGCUGGUUAUAGUUUGAAUAUUUAUGUAAUACUUAUUUGAAAUGCUUAAAAUUUCAAAACAUCAACUGGACUACGAGUCAAAUAUAUGUUCCUAUAUGGUCCCACACCUGCAGAAGGCCACACUAGCCUGUGGGUUGUGUUACAGUAAGUGCACAUUACUAUUGUAACACAUUAUGAUGAUGAAUGUUUUCAACAUUUUAUGUUAAAAUGCCUACACCAGCACGGUAAUUUCAGCAUUCGGCUUAAGAUCCCCCUCCCCAUGACAAACUGCAGCUCUCAGAGCUCGCAGCUGGGAUAGAGGCAGCACUCUUUCCUUCUUCGGUUUGCCUAAUUUUUUGUUCUCCUUUAAAAUAAACAGUUUGUUUGUUGUGACAAUAUGCAAUUGAUUUGACAAAAUGAGAAGCUGUACCAGAAAGUUAGAUUUUUUCAAUAAAUUUAAACAAUAGUGUGUAAAACGUUUAUCAGUCUUGCUCAUGUCUCUUGCUAGUAACCGUUCCAACCGUUUAAUCUAACUUUUCUAUCAGCCCAGGUCUUGUGGAGUGCCACAGGGCUCUGAAUGUAACCCAUUAUUUUUUUACGCUCUACCACUCCCCAUUGGUCUAAUGAAAAUUUCUGUAUUUCAAUGAGGGCAAAAUUGAAAUCACUGUUGUUAUUUAUGUCUGGUGGUUGGCAGAUUGUUUCUCAUUUUGAGGCUUUGAACAUUAUGCUAAACCAAAUGAUUUGGUAAUAAGAUUUUACUGUUGUCUUCACUUUAUGGGCUAAACACUGUAUCCCCCUAAACCCCUGUAACCACACAUGCUUUUUAGGUUGCUUACGUUGUUCUAAGCCGCCCUGGGAUCUGGGAGAGGGGGGUUUUGCUGCUGUUGCCCUUAAAUAACAGAAAAAAUUCUUUUUGAAAAAAAAAUCUCAUCUUAAAACAUAAUGCAUGUCUGGACUUUCAGUUCCCUGUAAAAGUUCUGUCCUCAGCUUAUUUUCAGCACAGCUUUUUGUAAAUAGGCAGCCCUGCUUAAAUGUGCUUUAUAAAUAAAUUUGACCUGAAUUUAGAAUCGGAGCUCCAGAAUCAGCGAUCAGCUUCUUCUCCCUCUGCCGGUGUACGUCUCAGCAACGGUGAACACGUCAAACCGCAUCAAAUAUGCAGAAUAAACGAGUGACAACUCUAUUUGUGAUUCAGCUGUAGUUUAUUUUUUUUUUAUGCAAACACAGAGAGUUUUGAAACUUGUUACCAGUGUUUAUUGGCGGUAGCGGCAUCUGUGCAACAUUACACUUUUUUGGCACAAAACUAAAAACUAUCCGUGCAAGAAGAAGCCUUUUUGUAUGAGUGCUGCGCAGAUGCACAGCUGCUGAAUGCGAUAUGGGUUGCCGUCUUCUCUAAAAUUGAUCUCGCUGUAAAAGUGAUGCAGGAAACAAUAAAUUCUCUGUGCCCAACUAUUAUGCAGCGCAGCAUACUUUCUUAUAGGAAUAUGUAAUAUUAUAGCAUAUCGAUUUAUCACCCACACAUGUGUUAUUCUCAUUUUUAGAGAUAAUAUAUCCAUUCAUCCAUCCAUUAUCGUUACCGCUUAUUCCCUAAUGGGGUCGCGGG